CAGGAUGUAAGGUGCUGUUUGUCCAUAUAUGGAUUAAUGGUAAGGGUGUCCUCCUCUAGGAAUACAUAAAAGAGAAGCAGCUGAAGCUGCUGUAUCAUUCUGUGCAACGCAGCCCAUGCCAUUCUGUAUAUGCUGGUUUUCUAUUCAUUGUCGGGGGAUGAACUCCUGAGGAGCGGAUGAAGAAACAAAUUUUGCUUUUAUUCACAUUCAGAGGACUAGUAAGCAAAGGGAAAAAGGGUAAAAGGAGAAAAUGGCCAAUUUUAUAUUACGGACAGCUGAACCCAGGGAUGUGUCCGACAUCCUGCGACUCAUAAAGGAACUUGCUAAAUUUGAAGAGAUGGAGGAGAAAGUCAGGCUGACAGAGAAAGAUCUACUUGAAGACGGCUUUGGGGAUCAUCCAUUCUACCACUGCUUGGUCGCGGAAGUCCCAAAGGAGCAGAGUUCAGAUGGGUACACUGUGAUUGCUUUUGCCAUGUACUACUUCACAUAUGACCCAUGGAUUGGAAAGCUCCUGUACUUGGAAGACUUCUAUGUCAUGCAGGAGUUUCGAGGUCUCGGCAUUGGUUCACAAAUCCUGAAGGUUUUGAGCGAGACGGCCGUGAAGACUCGGUGUAGCAGUAUGCACUUCAUCGUAGCAGAAAACAACACAAAGUCAAUUGAGUUCUACAAGCGAAGAGGAGCAGCUGACCUCUCCUCCGAGGAGGGCUGGCGUCUUUUUGAGAUUGAAAAAGAGGAUCUGGUGAAAAUGACUGCCAAAUAAAGUUUACUGUUAAUUGACUUGUACUGUAUGUUGGUGAUGGCAAGAAUCCUGCUGUGAGUGAUUUGGCACAGUCUGAAAUACAUUUAACAAUCAGCUGUUACCUUUGAUAAUAAACUGCUUUUGCUCAUCUCAGUUAAUCUAAAAUUUAAAGCUCUGCUGAUUAGUGAAUGAACAUUGAACUUUGGUAAUGCUCUACUAUACUGCUGGCAGAUAUUGCUUCAUUUGAAUUUUUCACAGUACUGUAAAUGUAAAAUUCUCAAAAGAUUUGAGAAAAGUUACAAAAUAAAUAAAUAAACACG